UGAUCAGCAUGAAGUACUCUGUAUAAGAAUCCCAGACAGCCAGUGCUGCCCUUAUGGUCCAUACUCAAUCAUGACUAUUUUAUACAAAAAUAUGGGACGGCGAACACCUGUUGACUGGGCAGUCCAGACCUGCAUUUUAGGUUUGAGUAUACUGUCACUCGCCUCUGCAUCUCCAUAUCUACCAGACGGAUCAUUUACCGGGGUCAUUUCGUACGACGGAUUCAGUUUGCUUAAUGAGACAUCACAGUUGACUCCUCGCGAUGAGAAGCCUUUCACCCUCCGCAUCAUGCCCCUAGGUGCUUCCAUUACCUACGGAUACCAGUCAACCGAUGGUAAUGGCUAUCGACGAUGGCUUCGUCAGCAACUUCGUCACGCUGGAUGGUGGGUGAACAUGGUUGGCAGUAACCCAAAUGAUACCAGCACCAUGAAUGAUAAUGAGGUUGAGGCCACAUCAGGGUUUAGAGUCGACCAGGUCACUCAAGAGGCUGAAAAAACCAUCCCGCAACAGCCAAACCUCAUUUUAAUAAAUGCUGGCACGAAUGACGCAAAUCAGUACGAUGACACAACAAUUGAUGUGUACAAGACCGGCGAGCGGAUGGAUGCUCUUCUGACACGUCUGUUCGACGCAAUUCCCGGCACUACUAUCAUCCUUUCUACUCUCCUCCCCAUAGUUGCCGAGCGUGAAGUCGUCUAUUUCGCCAAAUACAUUAGUGAUCAGUAUCGACAGAUUGUUGCCACGCGCCGUCAACAAGGCCAACGCAUUAUCCUUGCUGAGAUGACUGACUUCAUCAAAAUCGAGGACUUGAUCGAUGGAACACACCCAACCGACUUUGGCUAUAAGAAAAUGGCCUCGGUUUGGUGGGAAGCCGUCCAAGAAGCUGAGCGGCAAGGGCUGCUCCAGCCACCAAACAAUACAGGUGUCAGUGACACUAAGAGAACGACUUGCAAAAAGGAAUACGGAAGUGGAAAUAAGAGAGGUCGGGUCCAAACCCAGUGUGGGAGUGGGGCCGAUGACGGAAAUUAUGUCCAUAGCUCCAAGGACAUGGGGCGCAUCUUCAGUCCGGCUACUACGAAGGAAGAGAAGGACUUUGCCCCUGGUAUCAACUAUGCUCAAUUGGUGAAUAAAUUUGGCGCCCACCGGGAAGGCGCAUUGGAUGAGCUAGUUUGGACAAAGGAUGGGGAUGGUACGUAUAUGUUCAUGAAUAAUAAUGAUGGGAAGUUUGGAAGUGCAGUGAGGAUUGAAGUCAAUGAUGGAUGUCUCGCGAGAGGUGUUCGAUGGGGAGAUGUGAAUGGGGACGGCCUUGAUGAUUUCAUCUGCAUCAGCAGGGAGGGGCACAUGUAUGUCUCAAUUAAUGAAGAUAAGGACCCCAACGUUCCCACUUUCCGAAGCAUUGGACUAGUCAAGGAUAAGCCCGGUAAUGGCCUGGGUCAGAUCAACGUUCGCCUCGGCGAUAUCGAUGGGGACGGAAGGAUAGACUACUGCCUGAUACAUAACAACGGCGAUAUUCGGUGCUGGCGCAAUGGUGGCCAGAGGGAUGCACCCACGAAAGAGUACGGUGGGUAUUGGCAAGAUCUCGGUAUCGUAUUCAAAGGCAAAGGAAUGGGAGAUAUCACCGGUGUGCGUCUCGUUGAUAUCAAUGGAGACUUUCGCAGCGAUUGGCUUUGGCUAGACGCAAAGGGAAAAGUAACAACCUACAUCAACAAUCGGGGAACUGGAAAGAGUCUCGUUCCGGACUGGCGUGAGGCCGGUGUCACUCAUACCGGAGUGGGUGUCGACGGCGCGAAAAAUCGGAUCAAGUUUGGAAGGGUUUACGCCGGAGGUGGAGCUGACUACACUUGGAUCGAGUCCUUGAAACAAACAAAUGGCGACUGGAAGCAUUAUGCCCACGUUUACAAAAACACUGGUCACGGCGGCACCAAGCUGAAGGGCGAUGGUGUCUACUACUGCGACAUACGUGGUACCGGUGCUGAUGAUUAUGUUUGGAUAUCAUCUGAAGGGCGAGGUUACCUUUACGGAAACGUUCACGAUCCACCUACUUGGAAACCGGAAGGAAUUGAAAUAUUCAAUGUGAAAAAAGACCGGAAAAGUCUCCACCUGGCAGACUUCGACGGCGAUGGAAAAUGUGAUUUGUGGUCCGUGAACCGAGAUACAGGAGAAGCUGAGGUUUGGUUAAAUAAGUGGAGCGCUAAUGCUCAGGGUGACUAUUUCCAGUACAAGGGAGUUCUUACUGGUAAUGCGAGGUGUACUCAGGGAUGGGGUGUAGGCCUUUAUGACUUAGGCCUUCGGUUUGCGGAUCUUGAUGGAGACGGUCAGGCAGACUACCUCUGUAUGGAUCCGGAUGGCCGUACAGAUGGCUGGUUGAACAAGGGAGAGAAUAGUUUCGAAUCCAUCGGGCAAGUCAAACGAAGUGAGCACUACGACCGUGCAAACCAUCGGUGGGCGGACGUAAACGGGGAUCGGAUGGCUGAUUUCCUCUGGAUCGACAAAUUCAACGGUGAUACCAAGGUGUGGAUCAACCAAGGCCCUGUUCCUACCUUGGACUCGACGUGGAAAUGGGAGCCUCAGGAUGGUCCGCGGUAUAUGGGGGCCGAUCGAGGGGCGAACAUGCAUUUCCCUAACCUUGGUGGGCUGGGGCGGGCGGAUUAUCACCAAGUUAUUCCCCGUACCAACGCUGCUUAUACCUGGUUCAAUAAGUGUGCCAAUGAGGCUUUGGAUGAUGACGAUAGUACUGAAGAUCCUAAAUUGCCUCAGUACCCUGUACCACCGCAACCUGCUUCUAUAAAUAAUCACGGAGCUAAUGAUGCCAUGUAACAUUGUCGCGCCUCCCUGGUUAGACAGAAAGUAGAAUGACAUCUAUCCGUAUGUUUACAAAUUCCACUAUCCUAGCUGCAGACCUAAACUUGGCCUAUG